GGCAACAGAGACUGACACAGAGGACAGUGGAUAACGAAGCCGCGAACCCAAGUUCCUUCCUUCCUUCCUUCCUUCCUUCCUCUCGAGUCUGCUUCUUUCAUAUUCUGGUUCUCUUCGUUCUCCACAAGUUAAAGGAACGCAGGAAAACCCAGCGCGGGGCUCACUCAUUCCUUACGUCGUGGUCGAACCAGCCAUAGAAGAAGAGAACCUUUUUUGGCUUUUUCUGCUGAAAGUAGAACGGAGGGAGAUAGAGAGAGAGCGGAGAUGGCGGGACCUUCUUCGAGAGAGCCGCAGCUAACGAUAGCGGCGUCCUCGAUGUUCCCGGGGUUCAGGUUCUCGCCGACCGACGAGGAGCUCAUAUCGUUCUACCUCAAGAAGAAGCUCGACGGCAGCGAGGAGAGCGUCGAGGUCAUCUCCGAGGUCGAGAUUUGCCGCCACGAGCCCUGGGACCUUCCAGCGAAAUCCAUCAUCCGGUCAGAAAACGAGUGGUUCUUCUUUUCGGCUCGCGGAAGGAAGUACCCAAAUGGAAUGCAAAGUAGGCGAGCGACCGAACUUGGGUACUGGAAGGCCACAGGCAAGGAGCGCAAUGUCAAGGCUGGUUCCAGAGUGAUUGGUACUAAAAGGACUCUAGUUUUCCAUUUGGGCCGUGCGCCGAAAGGUGAAAGAACGGAAUGGAUCAUGCACGAGUACUGUAUGGAUGGGAAGUCGCAGGAUUCUGCAGUCAUCUGCCGCCUUCGCAGGAAUACCGAGUUCCGGAUUAACGACAGCUCGAAUCAGGCUUCUCCGAGUCAAAGGGAGCUUUCUUCUGUUGAUAAUAGAAACCAUGUUAUGUCCGAGGGCGGCAUUGAUGGGACAACUCUGUCUCAAGCCGUGGAAGGCUUCACAAGGAGGUGCCCGAGCAGUUACGACUCUCAUUCUGUUGAGCAGAUGGACUCGGCAUCCGAAUCCAACCAAAACUUACCAAACGAAGGGACGAUGACAGAGUCUGCCAUCCGCCAGAAGGACACUGACGACGAUGAAGAUUUCUUUGCGGACAUACUGAAAGAUGACAUAAUCAACCUAGACGGGUCCGCAGUUUCCACAGUGCCCCCUUCCCUGCCUGUGGAGUCCCGUCAACUGGAGGCCGAGUGGAGAUCUCAAGAGUCGAUUGAAGCAUUCCUGUCUCAAGUCCUCAACUUCCCGACCGAGCCAGUCCAAAGAAUCAACCCCAGAGCAGCGGAACAAUUGACAAUGUCAGCACUAGAGGGAUUAGAGCUGAACAAGGAAUACUCUGCCAACAAGGACAAAGAACCAAGCGACAAGCAAUCGCCGACAUGCAUCUUCACAACCAUCGUUGCCGGGAAAACAUUCGGUCGCCGGUUUUCGUCCGCGGUGCUACUGAUUGCGGUUCUUGCGGGGUUGCUGGUGUUCCUGCUGGGGGGGUACCCGCGAGUGAAAACGAUCAUGCGGGACAUCGCAUUUUACGUUAACUUUUGGAAAAACUUUGUGACGAUGCCCCGUCCCUUGUUGCUCGCCUUUCUGUUGCUAGUCCUCAUUUUCACUUCCCAGUUUGAGUGGAAGCAACCCCUUGUGACCGACCUUGAAAACACUCUGAGCAUCGCCCAGAAGCAAUCCCGAGUUUCAGUGAGGCGAGAAGCUGUAAAAGAGAAGAUCAUCAUAUCGCAAGAGCAACGCAUCCAGAAACUGUACGAGCUUGUCCGGAGCCUUAAGGAGCAGCUGUCACAAUGUAGGAGCAGUAAGACAAGAAAUAGCACCACUAUCCCUCUACCUGAACAUUUUAUCGAACUCGAACAAAAGCAGCCUCUAGAGGAUUAGUGGCCCUCGGACAUCUCGUGUCUUGAAGCGAGACGGAGGAGGAUAAGAGAAGAAGAAGCAGAAGAAGAAGGAAGAAGAUGGUGAUGUUAUUUCAUUAAUUCCGCUCUGAACAUCACCUAAUUGUUCGGCCACCUUUAUUAAUGACCUUCUCUAUUCAAUGGCCACCUGGGCAACUAUGUUGAGUCAGCCUCUUUAGCAUUUAGACAAGUCCGUUACCCGUGUUAUUGCUUCCGUUCCUUACGGACACGGCAAUGACUAUCUGGAUAUGGUGUUACAACUUCCAGUGAGCCACGGCGAAACUCGGAUUAAGGUGGGGUGAGAUGAUAACUUUUGGGACAUACUAGCUCGGUCACGAUAGUAGAAAGGAUUACGCAGCACACCCAACGGCUGAGGGGCGGUCCAUCAUCGUCGGGUACUAUGGCUACAAAUUGGAGGACCCGAUCCUGCUGUAUCUGUCUUCAAAUGUGAAUCUAAACGUGUAAUCCAACUUUUUAUAUUGGCCCCUUUGGUUGGUAUGUCUUUCUAAGAGUCAUAACUAGCUGCUCCAUUUUUGAACCAACACAAGUACGAAUUGCACGUCUGUAAAGUCUCCAAGUUGCAUGAA